AUGAGGCGUUUGGAGGAAGAUUCCGAAGUCUACAAAAUGCUGCAGGAAAACCGAGAGCUGAGGUUGGCCCCGCGGCAGUCCAGCACCUUCCGGCUGCUGCAGGAGGCUCUGGAGGAUGAGGAUGGAGGAGAUCCUGAUGGAUUUGUGUGGGUGUCCCCAGCUCCUCAUCCCAGCUGGAUCUCGCCCGGCAGCCGCAAACCAGGGGCUGGGGUCCGGAAGCUUCACCUCUGCGAGAAGUGCGGCAGCAGCAUCGCCACCCAGGCGGUGCGGAUCCAGGAGGGGCGGUACCGGCACCCCUCCUGCUACUGCUGCGCCGACUGCGGGCUCAACCUGAAGAUGCGAGGCCACUUCUGGGGGGGGGAGGAGCUGUACUGCGAGAAGCACGCACGCCUGCGCUACCAGGGCACCCCCCCCGCCGCCCCCCAGCACUCCUGA